AUGCGGUUGAUACUGACGCUAGUGAGGCAUGGCGAGAGUACGGACAACCUGAAAUCACUCUGGGCAGGCUGGAGAGACUCUGCUUUGAGCAAUCACGGAAUGAGCCAAGCCAAGCUGCUUGGAGAGUCACUGACAGACUAUCCCAUUAAGGCGAUAAUAGCUAGUGAUCUGACUAGGGCGAGGUGGACGGCAGAACAGAUACUCCAGCACAACAAUUCGAAUCCACCGCCGUCUUUCACCCUCACACAUCUCCUCAGGGAGCAGAGUUUUGGUAAGGGCGAAGGCAAGUCGUGGCAGCAAGCGCAAUGGCAGCGUAAGAGUGGACGCGAUUUCAAGUUUGAGGAUGGAGAGAGUCUACACGAUGUUGCAGCGAGAGCAGAGGAGGUGAUUGAAAACAUGAUCAUGCCUUACGUCAUGGCUAGUGCCAUAUCGGGCGAGGAAACACACGUCUUUGUUGUCGCUCACGGCAUUCUCCUCGCUGAACUCCAGUAUGCUCUGCUGAAACGACGCCCGCAGGGAAUAGCAGCAUUCCAGAGGUCUCCGCUUGAAAACACAGGCUGGCAUCGUAUACAGAUAGGAUUGGGGACACCUGCGCAGGCGAGUGUAAUGGCAGACGGUGGUGAUGGGAUAGAGACGGAGCAACACAAGCAAGAGCAGAAAACCCCUAAUAACACCAUCGAACAGCAGGAGUCACUGGUCGAGGGACCGCCGGACGAACUGAAUUUGGCGACGCCGCUGACAGAGUCGAUACCUCCCACUAAGGACCAUCUCAAGCCAAAGAAGCUCGAUGUGAGGUAUACGCAUAUCAGUGAGGCGGGCCACUUGAGGGAUAUGACGCGUGCUAAAAUGACAGCAUCGAUGGCAUUUGAUGAGAGGCAGAUGAAAAUUACGGAUCUAAUGUGA